AUUUCAACUAAUAAAAAUGGGAUUUCUUAUUUCCGGAAAAAAAUUAUUUCAUCAUAUAUACUAAAAGAAUAUUUUACGACUACGAGGGUGGAAAUAAAAACUGGUAUAAGAAGCAAAUCGUAAUAUGAUAAUGUUUCCUUGCGCAGGGUGUGGAAUCAGCAUCGUGAAUAAAUACUUCCUAUCGGCCCUAGAUUUGAAAUGGCAUUUGACCUGUUUGAAAUGUUGCGUUUGCUUCAAAUCGCUCGACAACGAAAACAGUUGCUACUGCAAAGAUGGGCAAGUGUAUUGCAAGCAAGAUUAUUACAAAAUCCACUGGAGAGCUAAAUUUCUGACGAGCACCUCCUACACGGAUUACCGAUGCCAGAGCUGUUCUAGUUGCCAUGCCAUCAUAUUUCCUGACGAGUUAGUCAUGCGUGCUCGUCAUUUGGUUUACCAUUUAGAAUGUUUCAAAUGUCAGUUAUGCCGUGCCGAUCUCAAUCCAGGGGACCCCUUUGGGUUAAAGGAAGAAUUGCUAGUGUGCCAAAACCAUUUUAUGGUCCACGGCCCUCCUCGAUUAGAGGAAAAGGUACAUUUUGAAGACGAAAGUAAGGAAAAUACAGGAAAUAUCGGGAAUAUCUAUCAAACACCCUGGGUUGCGAAGACGUACGAGGACAAACAAAUAAGCUUGGAAGGUGGAGAAGAACGAGUAACGCAGUCUUUUUUGAAAAAUACAUUCCUUACCCAAAAUGUCAGUGACAGCCCAUUUCUAGAUGUGAUGGACCAUAACCCAAUCAUUAGUGAGGACUAUAAACUGAAUAACCUAAAGUCCGAUAAGAAGUAUAAGCACAAAGAAGUGAUCCAGAGUCACACUAAAGGUAGACCGAGAAAGAAAAAGGUUACUACUACAGUAGCUAACGUUAAAACAUUCCAGAGGAAGGAUAAACGAGAGAGGAGUAAAUGUCAAAGCUUGAAGUCAGAAAAUGAAGAAAACAAUGAAACCAAAGGAGAUCCAAUUGGUAAAGUUAUAAUUAAUGCGGCGUCUCCCUUAUCAUCCUUAAGCAAAAAAUUCGAAAGAAAUUCUAACUACACCGAUUACAAAGAACACAGCCCUUCUCCUUAUUUCGAUAAGAUGAAAUGCAGGAAAGGGGGUUUUGAACAGAGGCAAUUAGCCGUAAUCGACAGUUACUUAAACGACAAGGAAAGCUUAGAGGAUGGGAUAAAUGAUAAUUGCGAAAUGCUUAACAUUGAUUCAUCUAGUGAACCAGCUAACGUCAAUGAUUUUUAUUCACCUCAUCUCAGAGCUUCUCACGCCGCCCAUUCAUCUCAAUCUUUUGAGGAUAUCCAAAGCCACGCGGAUGGUGGGGUCAAUCAAAAGGAAUUACUCCUCUAUGAAAUGAGUGAAAGACGCGCAAAUUACCAUUACACAGAACUCACAUCAGACUCCCCUUACUCUGACUUACUAAAGAAAACCAAAAAUAACGACUCCACGCCAGGCAGUAGCUUAAACCAUAGUAGCGACUUAAGUCCCAACAGCAGUUUGAUAGAGUUAAACAAUAGACUCAAUCAUCAGUUUUAUCAUUCGCUCCACCCUUCUUUCAUGGGACUCCCGCCCCACUUGAACGCCGCUUCUCAUGCCCACCAUCAUCAUAUCAGAAGCAAACGGCUUAGAACAUCUUUUAAACAUCACCAACUCAAGACUAUGAAGACUUAUUUCGCCCUAAAUCAUAACCCAGAUGCUAAGGAUCUCAAACAACUCUCGCAAAAAACAGGGUUAUCUAAACGAGUUUUACAGGUUUGGUUUCAAAACGCGAGGGCAAAAUACAGAAGAAAUAUGUCUAAACAAGAAGGUUCCAGCUAUAACAAUGGUGGCGACAGUGUUAGUGGGUGUUCCAACAGGGAGGAUGACUCCCCGACCUUGGAAAUAAUGUCCAUCCCCACAACUGAGGAAAGAAGCGACAUGAUAAGCAUCUCAAAUUUAGGCUAUUACGACAAUAUAAAUAUGUACACUAAAGAGGAUUUAGACAUUUACCCUAAUCAUCCGAAAUAAAAAAAAUUUAA